CUCCGGCAUGGCGGUGGUAGCUGGUCCCGCGAAGCCGAGUCUGGCGCUGAACCCGAAGGAGGACUCGCUGUUCCAGAAGGAGGUGACGCAAGUCCGACAGCGCGUGCAGAAGCAAAAGAAGGAAGGAAAUCUUAAUCCUGGAGUGAUCUUUCUGGGCCACCUGCCUUCAACGCUGUCUGAAACCCACAUCUAUGACUACUUCACCCAGUUUGGAGCUAUUAGCAGGUUCAGAUUGUCCAGAAGUAAACGGACGGGAAACAGCAGAGGAUAUGCCUUUGUGGAGUUUGAGUCUGAGGAUGUUGCCAAGAUAGUUGCAGAAACAAUGGACAACUACCUUUUUGGUGAAAGACUUUUAUCGUGUAAAUUUAUGCCACCAGAAAAAGUCCAUAAAGAUCUUUUUAAAGAAUGGAAUGUUCCGUUUCAUCAGCCAUCAUUUCCAUCAGUAAAACGCUAUAAUCAGAAACGGGGGCGUUUUGAAAUGUUGAAGAUGGAAUAUCGGUUCAAGAGGAAGGAAAAAUUACUCCGGAAGAAGCUAGCUAAGAAGGGGUUUGAUUAUAGUUUCCCCUCGCUGGUCUUACCUAAGCUGAAGAAAGGGACUUCACAGGACACUCCUAGCACCCCUGAGAAUCCCAAGGAGUCCGAGGGUACCCAGGUUUUGCCUGUCCCAGGAGAAAGGCUUUCAGGUAUACCUAAGAAAAAGGAGAGAAAGACAUUUAAGAAAAUUGUCAAACGCAUUCGUAACAAGCAAAAGAGGCAGUCCAAGAAGUCUGUGGACAGCCAGGGUCCCACACCAGUUUGUACACCAACGUUUUUGGAGAGACGAAAAUCAGAAGUGACUGAAAUCGGUGACAGUAAAGACGAUGAAAUCGUUUUCAAACAGCCUGUGUCCGCGGUGAAAGAAGAGGGGCAAAAGACUCCAACACCUGCCCGCUCUGGGAAAAAAAGACCAAGAAAAAGGAAGAGCAACCAGUGAUCCUGAAAGCAUCUGUGUGCACGUCUGGACAGAUGUGAUUUUGAUAUAAAGGCCUACUUUAUUUCAUCAGAUGCAGUCAUGUGCAAGCCAUAGAUGAGACUGUUGGAGGAAAAUCCCGUGGUGGCUCAUGCCAGUGAGGAAAGCCAUCAGGAACUUGGCUGUUUUGCCCUCCUGACCUGAGUUGUGUUCAGGGUUCAAACCCCCUUAGUUUACUCCGCCCGUGUUCUGUCACAGGCUUAGUUAGACACCAGCAGCAGCCUUUGCUGGCCCCACCCGCGCUGUUUGAUUGCCUGGUAGUUGUGCAUAUAAAACCCAAAAGAAUGUGUCAGGCUUCAGCCUCAGACCGCUGACACUGGAAGUGCACGUGUGAACACAUUUGCACAAGCACUGUGAGGGUCUGGGAUAACUUGUUUUCACCCAAUGCGGGCUUGACGGAUCAGUUCCAGCAGGUAUGCUGAAGAUUCCAACUGUGACCAAACUUUGCUACAAUUUAUUUGUGUACUUUGGGGGCCGGGGUCCAUCACCUGUUUCUGUGAGCACCCCGUAUGUACUUUCGUAUUGCUAAUACAGGUUUGUUAAGUA